UUGAAGGAGCUUGAAAGUGCAGGGCUUCCUAUGCCUCUCACGGGACGUGAACACUGACACAUACGCACAGAAACGCGCCGGGACUUUAAAACUAUCAUUGUAUCAGCUCGAUUUGGCCCGAAUCGGUUCGGAUACGUGAUUCAAAGUAGGGACUCGUUCAAAGUGACCCUAGGGGAGGAAUAUACCUGUCAUAGACAGAGAUGAGAUGGGAGUUAUACAGAGAGACGAAAUAGCCUAUCCGGCGUUUUUGGAGGGGAAGAAGACGUAAUCUGGAGUUAAAAAGACGGUCCUUCUGUUUUUCACCAGAGGUCACUGUCAUCCCAGCCAUGUCAGCACACCUGAGAGCUGUGGGCACCUCUGCUCUCUCUUCCUGUCUCCUGCUCCUCCUGCUGCUCCCCCCCCUCACCCUGUCCUUUCGGGCGCGACCCCACCAGCCCCCGGGUCACCUGCCCUCCCUGGUGCCCCACGCCACCCGCCUGCUCAGCCGGUCCCGCUUCAGCGCCCAAGCCCAGCUGGACUUCACCACACACUGCAACUCCAGCUGCUACCACCGGGGGGAGCAAGAGGCCCGGCCGGAGCUACUGGCCGAUAGGCUGGCCUUCGAGACGCUGUAUGACGACGGCUUGCGCACCCUGACCACCGUGGACGUGGAGGAAGGGGAAGAGGACAAAGGCGAGGGACACAUCUCGGACGCAGUGCCCCGUUUGGCCAGAAUGAGGCGCUCCGCUCCUUCUAUGAGGCACGGGAAAAGGCGCAGGCGGCAGAUCUACGGCGCCGACGGGCGCUUCAACAUCCGCGGUGACAACUUCCUGCUCGACUACCCUUUCUCCACAGCGGUACGCAUCUCCACAGGCUGCACCGGGGUGCUGGUGUCUCCGCGCCACGUCCUGACCGCCGCCCACUGUGUGCAUGACGGGAAGGACUACGUCAAGGGUGCCCGCAAGCUCAGGGUGGGCUUCCUGACCCCACCCUCGGUCAACGUCACCAAGCCCAGCCAGGCUCCCGCCAAAAAGCCCCUGGUGCGCUGGGUGCGCGUCAGGAGGACCCGAGUCCCCAAAGGCUGGAUCCAGGGCCCGCAGGACGUGAGCAUGGACUUCGACUACGCCCUGCUGGAGCUGCGCUGGCCCCACCGCCGGCCCUUCAUGCGCCUCUCGGUGGCGCCCUCCUCCGAGGACCUGGCGGGGAAGCGGAUACACUUCUCCGGGUUCGACAGCGACCGGGCCGGCGAGCUGGUGUACCGCUUCUGUCCCGUGGAGGACGAGUCCAACGACCUGAUCUACCAGCACUGCGACGCCCGGCCCGGGGCCAGCGGCUCGGGGGUGUACGGCCGCGUCUGGGACUCCCACCUGGAGCGCUGGGAGCGCAAGGUCAUCGGGGUCUUCUCCGGACACCAGUGGCUGGAGAUCGACGGGGAGAACCGCGACUUCAACGUGGCCGUGCGCUUCACGCCGCUGAAAUUCGCCCAGAUCUGUUACUGGUUACACGGCAACCGGGUGGACUGCAGCAAGGACUGAGAAAAACACA